AUUGGAGACCUCCGACUUUUAGGGGAUGUCUCGACUCACGCACAACGGAGAUGAGGAGGCGCGACGGCCGCUUCUUCUCAGCCGAGGUCACCUGGAGCCAAACGCGCUGGUCUCGGAUGAUGACGGUGAAAUUAUUUUUGACAGGAGCACAUCAAACAUGAAAUGUGAAGCCGGGGAGAGUGCUCAGACAAGAUUAUCAUAUGAGGAGGCAGUAGAGAAAGCAGGUUUUGGUUUGUUCCAUUGGCUGCUGUUGGUGGUGUGUGGUUGGGCCAAUGCCAGCGAUGCUGUGGAGAUCCUCUGUGUGUCCUUCCUCUUGCCAACGGCUCGCUGCGAUCUGCUGCUGAGCUCCUCAGACAAGGGCUUGCUGACUGCCAGCAUUUUCCUUGGCAUGAUGGUGGGUGGCUACAUGUGGGGAUACUUGGCUGACCAGAGAGGGCGCCGCGAGGUCUUGGUCUUAUCGCUAGCAGUCAAUGGGGUGUUUGGAGGUCUGGCCAGUACAGCUCCGUGGUUCUGGCUUUUCCUGUUACUGCGGUUCAUCAGUGGCAUCGGUGUUGGCGGGUCGAUCCCUGUCAUCUUCUCGUACUUCUCAGAGUUUAUGCCCCGCCUGAGGAGAGGGGCAAUGAUCAGCGCUCUGGCCACCUUCUGGAUGGCAGGAAACAUCCUGGCUGCAGGUCUGGCCUGGCUGGUGAUUCCAAGCACCUGGGCACAUUUUUCUUUGGGAAUGCUGGACUUCCAAAGCUGGAGACUGUUUGUGGUGCUCUGCUCUGUUCCCAGCCUCACCUCAGCCCUACUCUUCAAGCUGCUCAUGCCUGAAAGCCCCAAGUUCCUCAUGGAGGUUGGUCGAGAGAAAGAGGCAGUGUGUGUAGGAAAAGCUUUCCCAGAAUUUGGUUUGAGCACGGGAUCCAAGCAAAGAGGGAACCCGGAGGAGACCAGAACACGGGGUUCAUGCAGAGAAGGGCUUGCCAGCAAUUUAAAACGGGGCUUGGUGCCUGUGAAACGGAUGUUCACUGGCUCACUCAAAUCCAGGAGCAUCGCUCUGCUCAUGGUCUUCUAUUGCCUUUCCUUUGGUUACUAUGGGCUGUGGAUGUGGUUCCCGGAGCUGCUUCAGAGACUUGAGCACGGCGGUUCACCCUGUGCCAACGUGUCCCUCCCAUCUCCACUCCACAACCAAAGUUGCUACCCGGUGGAGACAGCAGUCUUUAAGGAGAGCUUCAUCAUUGCUGCAUCAAACUUACCAGGCAACAUUUUGACCAUCCUGAUCAUGGAUUGGACUGGAGGAAAGGUUCUGCUGUCCUGCAGCCUACUGGUGUCCAGUCUGAGCGUCUUCCUCAUUUAUGUCGUCCAGACAAAAGCUCAGAGUCUGGUCUUCUCCUGUGUCUUCAGUGGCGUGUCCGUGAUCUCCUGGAAUGCUCUGGACGUGGUGGGAACAGAGCUCUACCCGACUCAGCUGAGGUCCUCUGCUCUCGGGUUCUUCACGGGAGUGGGCCGAGUGGCAGCGAUCACAGGCAACGUAGUCUUUGGAAAGUUGGUGGAGACAAACUGUGCCGUACCAAUCCUGCUGGCCUCUGCUCUGCUGCUGACUGGAGGACUGGUGGCCUGUCUGCUUCCCCAGACCAGGCAGUCUGAGCUCACCUGAGUGCUCAGACUCUGCCUCACAUUACUUUACAUUAGUAAGUUACUACAAACAUCCUCUGAAAGUCUGUAAAGAAGCAGGUUUGAGGAUUUCUGCCUUUGCAGUUUUCUGAUUGUGUAUCUUCUGUUUGUGCCUUCUGUCAUCUCUCUGUGCCAUUUACCUUACCUCAUUUAAAAGGCCAGUAAAUGACAAGUUGUCAGAGGAUGGCAGGCUGUCAUGAAGUGCAGUAGUUCCCUCUGGAAUGUAGUGACGGUUUGAAGGACACAUUCAGGAAACUACUGUCCAUGUUUUAGAGGAAUGUGCUACAAAAAAGGCCAAAGAUGGAUUAGUAUGACUUGACCUCUUCUUUCUGUCAUAACACUGUUGGUCUUUUGAGACUGACAUUCUUUCAGAAAUUACAGCUGUUGGUUUGAGAUUAGACAGUAUUUUAGUUCUGUGGUAUGGUAGACUACAAGACAGAAGACACAACAGUGUAGCUCUUUUUUUAUUUGUAUAAUAAAUAAACUUGUAAUACUUUUCAGGACCAUUUUUCACAACCACACACAGGAUGUCAUAAACCGUACUUUGGAUAUUUGCAAGCCGAUGCAGAUCAUAUAAGCUGCCAGACAUGAUUUAUGAUUUGGAGAACAGUUUUUGAGAGCAUACUCUUUUCCAUUGGAUUUUACAUCAAACCAGAAUUUCUUUACAUUUUUCAUCAUGACUGCGCUGCAGUGAGUGGAAGCGUCAAGUCUGAGUGGAUAAAUGGUCAACGAUGCAACAGGCCAAAAUAAAACCGUCCACUACUGCUCAGUUUUCUAUGACCAUGGCUGAAGUUGUACUACUUUGAUGAAACACAGCAAAAAUUAAUACACAGAUAAUGCGCUAAAUAUACAAGAACGUGCAGUCGCUGGACAACAGGGGCGCCGCAUGACUUGAAACCAAAAUGAAAGGCAUGAAAACAGUGUAGUUAACAAAAUGUCUGACAUUAUCAUAAGCACAUAUUCAAACAUGAUAUAAACGUAUUCAAAUUUCUUCUCAUGAACUAAACACUACCUUUACAUAGAGUCAAAGGGAAGUAAAGUGUAUUUGUUUUGAUGUCAUCGCUUCAUGGUGAUGUCAAGUUUUACAAGAGUUAUGUCUGAAAACAGCUAGAUAAUGUUUGCCAGGUCAACAUUCAGUAUCAUCACACACACACACACACACACACACACACAUACACACACACCGUACCUUACAGCAGCACUGUAUGAUGCAUACAAUAACGGUUAUAGAUCUCCAGUUUUUAUGAAUGCCCCACUUAUUGUGACAAACAUGUGCAUUAGGACAGCUUCUGUAGGCAAAUGUUAAAAUCACACAUUGUGAGAUGAGAAUCCUUUUUUUUCCCCCACAUUUAUUGUUGGUAAGAUUUGGUGUUUUGCUUAUUAUGCCAAAAUGGAAUGAUUCAGUUUUUGGUAGUUGCUGCCUUAGGUGAGCUGUCGUGGUGCAUUAACGUAAUGAAACAUGAUUAGAAUUUAAUAUCUGGAUCUUACAGACUGGUGCUUUUUUGUGGCGAUCUCUUGUUGGGGAAGUUAUACCUAUGGUAUAUUUUCUAUUACCUAUAGUAUCUACAUCUUAAAAUAGUCUGACGGCUGAUAACUCACAAGGUAACAAUUAAAACUGGUGUGAGAGGUUUGUGCAUCCACUUGUUAAAGACUAAUAAAAACUUGCUAGGUCAUCUUUGCUUAUAAAUGAAGUAAUUUCUUCCAUUUAUUUUCUCAGGAUCACACUGCUGUAAUAUUCCAGCAGUGCGGCUGUAGUUCAAUGCUUUGUCCUCACAUGCUGAUGCUGAUGUUUUCUGCCUCCAGUGUUCAUUUAGUCUUAGUCAUUGGAAACUGAGCAACUCCAUCCAGUGCGGAAGCUCGCAAGAUGUGGUUGAAAGCUUUGGGAAAAGUUUUUUUUUGUGUGUGUCAAUUUGCUGUUGCCAAGGCCAAGAAUGAACCUUUUUGUUAGUCUCACUUGUAUUUGUAUAGGAGUUACAUUGUAUCUAAAGUAAAUGUAAAGGUUUUGAACGUUUAAAAGAUGCACACAUCUUUAUGGUUUAUUUACAACUUUUUGAUCCACUAAAUCCAAUUUAAGAAAGGGAAAUGUGCUUAAAAAAA